UAACGCAACACCAACACACCCUGCAUACUCUAGGACUCGUAUCAAACGGAGGAGAUUGAUCCCAAAGCCAAAGGCGGCCAGCUUGAUCAGAAUCAGAAGCCUACAAGGCUACGGGAGUUCGUUCGGCGGCAGAAACUCGGGCCGCAAGCUACACGGGGAGGAAGAGUUCGUGCUCCCAAAGGUUCGCACUUGAUCCCUUCUACUUCUCGUAUUUUUUUUAUACUACUACUAUUAUUAUACUCCCUAGCUUUUCCACCUCUUUUGUCGUCUGGCUCUUCUCUCCUGCGUGCGAAGGCCAGAACCUAGAAGCCGCGGCCGCAGCUCUCCCUCCCGGCGCCGCCCGUGGUCGCCGGCGGCAACCAAGAGAAACAGGAUAUUUAUGCCUGUUUCUUGACACGGAAAGCCAAUGGCGAGAGGACUGGAUUCAGAUUAUAUUGGUUCUAUUUCGCUCAUGGAUGGAUUUGAUAUGGGUAUCACGUUUGAUGGGUUUGGAGAAAAUAUGAAGAAGUUCAUGGAGUUACCGAUCAAAUAUCUUGAUUCUGCUCACGAUAAAGCUGUUGAGCUAGUUGAGGAUAUCCAUGCGCUGAUUUACGCUCACUCUCCUGAUGAUAAAUUUCCGGACAAAGACCAUGGGACAUUAACGGAUCCAUCUAAUAACGGUGCCAUAAUCGGAUCUCCCUCCACACGUGUUAAAAUGCAGCAAGUUAACCCUAACGAAGGAUUCUCUGGUUAUCCUUCAUCUCUCGUUACCGCGGAAGACCGUUCUCUCGGCUCAACUGCUACUGAUGUUCAUGAAACUGAGCCUGUUUCAUCUACAAGUCCAGCCAUGUGUGCUUCUGAAGACUCCAUUUCACUUGAGAGAACUGCUGACACCAAGGAGGAAGUUGCUUUUUGCAAUUCAGAGGAUCUCUCAGAUAACUGCACUCCUGAAAAUCACAAUUCACUAGGGGUAUCUGUUAGCAGUGAGGAGGAAAUUAUAUUAUGGAAUCAAUGGAGUUCUGUAACACCACGACAAUCACCUGAGCAAGCCACCGUAGUCCAAGAUUAUGUAUCUGAAGAAGCGAACGGAAAUAAAAUCAUCGAGCAAGUUGAACUCCCUGGUUCAGGACAUUCAGCUGCUUUUGAUGGAGCAAUUCUGCUUGGAAAGGGAAAUGAUGAAGAGCAAUCAGAAUUAUGCAGCGAGAACAGCCAUGAAGAAUCAACAAAGCACGAUUUUGUUAAUGUAGACCUCUGGGAUGGCCAGGAGCAGAUGAAAUAUAACAAAUCAGAGGCAUCCUCGCUUCCUCAACCAAAGAACACAUCAUUCAAGAAAGUGUUGAUGAGGAGCUUGUCGAAUAAACUCCGGUGGUCAAAGAAGGAUAUGAAUGUGCAUCAGGCCGUCCCCUUCAGACCACAGAAAUCAGUAGAUGUUUGCUAUGAAGUAGUUUGUUCAUCAGAUGGUCUGGAGGAUGAUUGGGAACUCUUAUAAAUCUGCAUGAAAUUCAGCAUCUCUGGUUACAGGAGAAAAUCUUGUGUAAAACGAAGUUCCUUGACUACUAUCUCAAAGAGUGCAAAUGUUGAGGGUUUGCAUCUCUACGGCACCAUCUGUCGGUGUAUCGGCAUUACUGUAAAUCUGAGCUGAGGUUAUGUAAUUAUGUAAAGCUCUUCUAGUUUUCUCUUGAUGACCUGAAUUUUGUACUGAUCUGAGCUGGUGCAGCCAAGGGUAUCUGCAACUACAGUAGUUUUCAGCUUCUUAUUCCCCUUAUCUACUAGCAUUUCAGUUUUAAAAUAUACAGAUAUUCGCAUUUCCUCUUCUGUUAAUAAAAGAGAGUUAUCAUUUGCACUUUUGCAUCAA